UGGUACACUUGGCAAAGUAUGAAAAUAUUUCAAGAAGUAAUGACCAGCAGCCGGGAAACCUAUCAUGCUGCUUAGCUAGCACUUCUGGGUUCUCUUGAACCACUUUCUGCCAGCUGAGCCCAUUUCAGAAUAGCUGAGGGGUAGUUGCUGUAUCAAGAUCCCAAGCUGGAUGUUUGAAACACCCUCAGAGCAGUGAAUGCACGCUAAACUCCAGUUACAGGGAGGUCGCACAGUCUUGAAAUCCAGUGAAAUCUCACACUUAUCUGCUCAGCUCACUUCGGGAUUUUUUCACCAGUGCUGGGAAAUCCACAGGGUUCCCGUUUUAGCCUAACUUUGAAAGCAGCACAGAAAUGAGACAGCGUCGUUAGCCACUGUUUUCUAAUGGCUCCUUUAACCCUGCACUUCCUCCCACCGCAGCCUUCCACAGCCUUUAAUUCACAAAUAUCUUGAAUAUAUCUGGAAUCUAAUGCAGAAAGGUCUAAAGGGAAAUGUUUGUGCAAGAGAGGGUGAGAAGCCGAGGUGAAGCAGAGUCAGAAGAGGGAUGGGCAAACUAGAAGUAGGGUUGAGGGGAGAGAUGAGGAGCUGGAGAUGAGCUGAAGCGGGGGGAGGAAGAGGGAGAGGAGGCAUACAGAGAUGCGGGGGUGUGUGAGGGUGCGUGUGCGUGAUUUGGGGAACAAAAAUCAACAUCGUCUGAAACGGACGUGACUUUUCCAGCGGGGGCGGGCGCACUCUCCUACCUGAGGCAUGCAACCUACCCCGACCAGCUUUUUCCACGACGGUGCGGGGGGGUGCAGCCUCCGCAGGGGAGGCUUCAACCCUUGCCCGGCCGGGGAAAAGGCUGGCCAGGGCGGGUUGGGGACCGACGCGUAUCCCCAGCCUGUUCCCGCAUUGGUUCCCCCUCCUGAACAACCACGAGUGAUGUCCGGGAUUCAACCAGAGGAUGGUUCCCCUCCGUACAGGAAUUGGACGAGUGGGUCGGAACUAAACGAAACGCGGGAGGCUGUUUUAACCCCUUCCUCCGACUACGAUGAUGAGGAGUUCCUGCGAUAUCUCUGGAAGGAGUAUUUGCAUCCCAAGGAAUAUGAAUGGGCGCUGAUCGCCGGCUACAUCGUCGUCUUCAUUGUGGCUCUCGUCGGGAACGUCUUGGUUUGCCUUGCAGUGUGGAAGAAUCAUCACAUGCGGACCGUUACCAACUAUUUCAUAGUGAAUCUUUCUCUGGCUGACAUUCUGGUCACAAUUACUUGUCUUCCAGCAACUUUAGUUGUGGACAUCACAGAAACAUGGUUCUUUGGGCAGACCCUCUGUAAAGUGAUUCCCUACUUACAGACAGUUUCAGUCUCUGUGUCUGUCCUAACACUCAGCUGUAUUGCUUUGGAUCGAUGGUAUGCAAUUUGUCACCCUUUGAUGUUUAAAAGCACAGCCAAGCGAGCCAGGAACAGCAUUAUAAUUAUCUGGAUUGUGUCCUGCAUCAUAAUGAUUCCUCAGGCUAUUGUUAUGGAGUGCAGCAGUGUGUUCCCAGGAUUAGCCAAUAAAACCACCUUGUUCACAGUGUGUGAUGAGCACUGGGGAGCUGAGGUUUACCCCAAAAUGUAUCACAUGUGCUUUUUUCUGGUGACAUACAUGGCACCACUGUGUCUCAUGGUGUUGGCCUAUUUGCAAAUAUUCCGAAAGCUGUGGUGUCGCCAGAUCCCAGGAACUUCUUCUGUUGUUCAGAAGAAAUGGAAGCCUCAGCAGCCCUCAGCACAGCCUCGAGGGCUGGGACAAUCAACAAAGUCAAAGAUUAGUGCUGUGGCAGCUGAGAUAAAACAGAUUCGUGCAAGAAGGAAAACAGCACGUAUGCUAAUGGUUGUCCUUCUGGUUUUUGCACUUUGCUAUCUACCAAUUAGCAUCCUCAAUGUCUUGAAAAGGGUUUUGGGAAUGUUUAAUCAUGCAGAUGACAGAGAAACUGUAUACGCCUGGUUCACAUUCUCACACUGGCUUGUAUAUGCAAACAGUGCAGCCAAUCCUAUUAUUUAUAACUUCCUCAGUGGGAAAUUUAGAGAAGAAUUUAAAGCAGCAUUUUCCUGUUGCAUCUUUGGCAUUGGCAGCCACCAUGACGAACGGUUCACCAGAGGUCGUGCCAGUACAGAGAGUCGGAAAUCCUUGACCACCCAGAUCAGCAAUUUUGAUAACGUUUCAAAACUUUCAGAGCACGUUGUAUUGACCAACAUAAACACAAUUCCAUCAAAUGGUACUGCAUCUAUUACCCACUAUAUCCCAGCUAUGCUCAGCCCAUUGAAGUCAGCAGAACUGCAUCUCCACAUCCCUGGGAUGAACAUGACUUCAAAUAUAGAUGAGGCCAUGAGGGUUUCUGCAGAAGAAAAAACAGAGAAUGCAGAGUGGGAUAAAUUUGUCCCUAGCAUAACUAAACUUACUUCAAUGGAGUUACAGCAAGGAUGAC